AUGACUAUGAUGACUCCGCCGCCGCUGGAUCAGCAAGAGGACGAGGAGAUGCUCGUUCCGCAUUCGGAUUUGGUGGUCGAAGGUCCUCAGCCCAUGGAAGUUGCACAAGCCGACCCUGCUGCUACGACUGUGGAGAAUCCGCCAGCCGAGGAUCCUCCCUCUCUGAAAUUCACGUGGACAGUCCCAAAUUUCACUAGGCUGAGCAACAGGAAGCAUUACUCUGAUCCAUUUGUUGUUGGAGGUUAUAAAUGGCGAGUACUGAUUUUUCCCAAAGGAAACAAUGUCGACCAUUUGUCCAUGUACCUGGAUGUUGCUGACGCUGCGAAUCUGCCGUACGGGUGGAGCAGAUAUUCACAGUUCAGCCUGGCUGUAGUGAAUCAAGUGAGCAGCAGAUAUUCCAUCAGAAAAGAAACCCAACAUCAGUUCAAUGCAAGAGAAAGCGAUUGGGGUUUUACAUCAUUCAUGCCGCUCAGCGAGCUAUAUGAUCCCACUCGAGGAUAUUUAAUGAAUGAUAAUGUUCAGAUUGAAGCUGAAGUUGCUGUGCGGAAGGUUCUUGAUUACUGGUCAUAUGACUCAAAAAAGGAGACUGGUUUUGUUGGACUUAAAAACCAAGGUGCUACCUGUUACAUGAAUUCUCUUCUGCAGACCUUGUACCACAUACCUUACUUCAGAAAGGCUGUUUACCACAUGCCAACGACUGAGAAUGAUGCACCUACAGCUAGUAUCCCAUUGGCGCUCCAGAGUUUGUUUUACAAGCUUCAGUAUAAUGACACCAGUGUAGCGACAAAGGAGCUGACAAAGUCGUUUGGUUGGGAUACCUAUGAUUCUUUCAUGCAACAUGAUGUCCAAGAACUCAACCGAGUUCUCUGUGAAAAGCUUGAGGAUAAAAUGAAGGGAACUGUUGUGGAGGGAACAAUACAGAAGCUAUUUGAGGGUCACCACAUGAAUUACAUUGAGUGCAUUAAUGUAGAGUACAAAUCUACACGGAAAGAAUCAUUCUAUGACCUCCAGCUUGAUGUCAAAGGCUGCAAAGAUGUAUAUGCUUCUUUUGACAAGUAUGUUGAAGUUGAACGUCUUGAAGGAGACAACAAAUACCAUGCAGAAGGACAUGAUUUGCAGGAUGCAAAAAAAGGUGUUCUAUUCAUAGACUUUCCACCAGUACUUCAACUUCAGCUCAAGAGGUUUGAAUAUGAUUUUAUGCGAGACACAAUGGUGAAGAUAAAUGAUAGGUAUGAGUUUCCUCUUGAACUGGAUCUCGACAGAGAGAACGGAAAAUAUUUAUCCCCUGACGCUGACAAGAGUGUCCGUAAUCUCUACACACUCCACAGUGUCUUAGUUCAUAGUGGAGGGGUGCAUGGAGGGCACUAUUAUGCUUUUAUUAGGCCAACACUUUCAGACCAGUGGUAUAAAUUUGAUGAUGAACGGGUCACAAAGGAAGAUGUGAAAAGGGCACUGGAAGAGCAAUAUGGUGGUGAAGAAGAGUUGCCGCAGAAUAAUCCUGGUUUCAAUAAUCCACCUUUCAAAUUCACAAAAUACUCAAACGCAUACAUGCUUGUUUAUAUCCGGGAUAGCGACAAGGAGAAAAUCAUCUGCAACGUUGAUGAAAAAGACAUUGCGGAACAUUUACGGGUGAGGCUGAAGAAAGAACAAGAAGAAAAGGAGGAUAAAAGAAAAUACAAGGCUCAAGCUCACCUUUUCACGACAAUCAAGGUCGCAAGAGAUGAAGACAUCGCAGAGCAAAUUGGAAAGAACAUAUAUUUUGAUCUUGUUGAUCAUGAAAAAGUUCGUAGUUUUCGAAUCCAGAAACAGACCCCUUUUCAACAAUUUAAGGAAGAAGUGGCCAAAGAAUUUGGUGUCCCGGUUCAACAACAGCGGUUCUGGAUUUGGGCAAAGCGGCAAAACCAUACCUAUCGUCCCAACCGGCCCCUAUUAUCUCAUGAGGAGUUACAGACGGUUGGACAAAUAAGAGAGGCAUCUAACAAAGCAAGCAAUGCUGAACUAAAGCUGUUUUUGGAAAUAGAGCGUGGACCGGAUGAGAGUCCUAUUCCUCCCCCAGAAAAAUCAUCUGAAGAUAUUCUCCUUUUCUUUAAGCUCUAUGACCCUGAGAAUGCAGUACUAAGAUAUGUUGGCAGGCUCAUGGUGAAAAGUUCGGGUAAGCCCAUGGAUAUAGUAGGGCAACUGAAUCAAAUGGCUGGCUUUGCUCCUGAAGAGGAAAUAGACCUUUUUGAGGAAAUAAAGUUCGAACCUUGUGUAAUGUGCGAACAGCUGGACAAGAAUACCUCUUUCAGACUGGCUCAAAUUGAAGAUGGAGAUAUCAUUUGCUAUCAGAAACCUCUUUCUGUCCCGGAGAGUGAAUGUCCAUACCCGGAUGUGACAUCAUUUCUGGAGUAUGUACAGAAUCGAGAGGUGGUACGUUUUCGUACUCUGGAAAAACCAAAAGAGGAUGAGUUUACCAUGGAGUUGUCAAAGCUGCACACUUAUGAUGAUGUUGUGGAAAGACUGGCUCAGAAGCUUGGCCUUGAUGAUCCAUCGAAAAUUAGGCUUACUUCUCACAAUUGCUACUCCCAGCAACCCAAGCCUCAGCCAAUAAAAUAUCGUGGACUAGACCAUCUUUCAGAUAUGUUAGCUCACUAUAAUCAGACGUCCGACAUUUUGUAUUAUGAAGUACUGGACAUUCCUCUUCCAGAAUUGCAAGGUCUUAAAACUCUAAAAGUAGCAUUCCAUCAUGCCACAAAGGAUGAAGUUAUAAUCCACAAUAUCAGACUGCCUAAGCAGAGUACUGUCGGAGAUGUUAUUACCGAACUGAAAACAAAGGUGGAGCUUUCGCAUGAAGAUGCAGAACUUAGGUUACUUGAGGUGUUUUUCCACAAGAUCUACAAGAUCUUUCCAUCUACUGAAAGAAUUGAGAACAUCAAUGACCAGUACUGGACUUUACGAGCAGAGGAGAUACCUGAGGAGGAGAAGAAUAUCGGUCCCAAUGAUCGGUUAAUCCAUGUGUACCAUUUUACUAAAGACAACGGCCAAAAUCAGCAAAUACAAAAUUUCGGCGAGCCCUUCUUUUUGGUAAUCCACGAAGGUGAAACUUUAGAAGAAAUCAAGACGCGUAUCCAAAAGAAACUCCAUGUGCCUGAUGAGGACUUUGCUAAGUGGAAGUUUGCUUCUUUUUCAAUGGGACGUCCAGACUACUUGCAAGACACAGAUGUCGUUUAUACUCGCUUCCAGAGAAGAGAUGUAUAUGGUGCGUGGGAGCAGUAUCUUGGGUUGGAGCACAUUGAUAAUGCUCCUAAAAGGGCUUAUGCUGCAAAUCAGAAUCGACACGCCUAUGAGAAGCCGGUGAAAAUAUACAACUAG